AUGACACCCUCGCCCAAGACGGUCCUCAUCACCGGCUGCAGUCUUGGCGGCAUUGGCUCAGCACUUGCCCUCGAAUUCCACCGCCGUGGCUUGCAUGUCUUCGCUACCGCCCGCAGCCUCGACAGGAUGGCUCACCUGGCCAACCUUGAUCGUGUUACCCUGUUGCAACUCGAUGUGACCUCGCAAGCCAGUAUUGCCACUGCCGCUGCCCAAGUUGGCAAGACCACUGGUAGCUCCUUGGACAUCCUCAUCAACAACUCGGGCGCCCAGUAUAUCACUCCUGCCAUUGAAGCCAACCUUGAUGCUGCCCGCUCUAUGUUCGAGGUCAACGUCUUUGGCGUUGCUGCUGUCUGCCAGGCUUUCGUCCCACUCAUCACAACCGCCAGUGGAACAAUUGUCAACGUCUGCUCCAUCGCUGCUCACGUGCACACUCCCUGGAUGGGCUUCUAUGGCGCCUCCAAGGCUGCCGCUGAGGUACUGAGCGAGACUAUGCGCCUAGAAAUGGCCCCUCUAGGCGUCCGUGUCAUAUCCCUAGUCACGGGAGCCGUCGCCUCCAACAUCAUGACCAACGGCGCCAUCCCAAAGCUCCAAGAUACAUCUCCCUUCAAACCUGCUCAGAAAGAGAUCGUGGCUCUUGCUAAAGGGGAAGACGGUCAUACUCGCAUGCCCACUGAAACAUUUGCCAAAAAGGUCGUCGAUGAUGUCCUCGGUGGUGCUCAGGGAAAGCUGUGGAGAGGACAGAUGGCCUCGACCAUCUACUGGCUCACAAAGCUCAUCCCCUUGUCAAUACUGGAUAAAUUGAUAUCCAAGGAUUCUGGCUUAGAUCACCUGGCUAAGAACUAA